AUGAAUUCCGACAUUGCUCUUUGGACCAAACAGUGUCUCGCAUGCCAGACUAGCAAGGUGUAUCGACACACCUUCUCCCCUCCAAGUACCAUUGCGGUCCCGGACGUUCGACUUAAUCACGUUCACUUGGAUUUAAUCGGACCGUUACCCCCUUCACGUGGGUACACACAUAUCCUGACGGCAGUUGACCGUUUCACACGAUGGCCGAUUGCCGUUCCUAUCUCGGAUACCUCGGCAGAAAAUAUCGCCAUGGUUUUUCUGACCCACUGGAUCUCAACUUUUGGUGUUCCAGCCACCCUUACCACUGACUGCGGAAGUCAAUUCCAAUCUAGCCUCUUCCGUCAGUUAACUAGACUGCCCGGGUGUGCGCACAUCACAACCACGGCAUACCAUCCUGCCUUCAACGGCCUCGUUGAGCGCCUACACCGCCAACUCAAGUCCGCACUGAUGUCCCAAACAGAAUCAGCUACUUGGAGUGUCAAUGUUCCUCUUGUGCUUUUGGGCAUCCGAUCUUCUGUCAAGGAGGACAUCCAAUGCACUGCCGCCGAACUUGUGUAUGGUACACCCCUCCGUCUGCCCGGCGAAUUCGUGCAGCCUUCCACGACAAACACUAACAUCACGAGCACCUUCGUGCAGCAGUUGAAACAACGUUUGGCUCAACUGCGUCCAACCCCCACUCGUCUGACAUCGAAACAUGUGUUUGUACACGAGGAUCUUAGGUCUGCCCCCUUUGUUUUCGUCCGGCAUGACGCAUUGCGCAAGCCCCUUUGUCCUCCCUACGAUGACCCAUAUAAGGUCGUUCAGCGGAAAGACGAGUUUUACGUCCUUCAGAAGGCUGAUAAGUCUUAUACGGUCUCCAUUGACCGCCUUAAGCCAGCUUAUCUGGAGUGCCUCACGUCGACCAGUGCGCCAUCCAUUCCCCCUACUAUGUCCUUGCUUAGAACUUAG